GGCCGAGCCCUGGUGCGGGCCUGCUGGCUCCGGCGCCGCUGCUGGGCAUCGCCCGGUGCCCGCUGCUGGCGCUGGCCUGGGGGCCCGCUGUGCUGCAUUGCGGGGCGGGCGCCUCCUCCCCCGCCCUCCCCUGGAGGCAGCGGGACUAUCUGGGCCGGGCAGCAGCGCUGUCCUUGCAGGAAUGUCCCUGCUCGCCCAGAUAAUGUUAUUUAUAUCGCUGGGCUGGGCGGCUCCGCUCGGCGCUCCCAGCGCUGCCCCAGCCCCGCCGCGCCUCCGCCUCGCCGCUGCCCGGGACUCCGCGCUGCUGCCGCUGCCCCUGCCCUGGACAGGGGCCCUUUCCCCGUAACAGAAGCCAGAGCAGCUGUGGCAGGCCCAGAACAUGACCUCCACCCCUGACUAUGAUCACUUGGAGAUUCAGCAGCAGUACAGCCGGAUCAACGCGCGCUGGGAAGCCUCGGACGAUGAGCUGGACAAUGACAACAGCUCUGCAAGGCUCUUCGAGAGAUCCCGCAUCAAAGCUCUGGCAGAUGAGCGGGAAGCCGUGCAGAAGAAAACCUUCACCAAGUGGGUGAACUCACACCUCGCUCGCAUGACCUGCCGCAUUUCCGAUCUGUACAUGGACCUCCGAGACGGGCGGAUGCUGAUCAAGCUCUUGGAAGUGCUUUCGGGAGAGCCCCUGCCCAAGCCCACCAAGGGGCGGAUGCGCAUCCACUGCCUGGAGAACGUGGACAAGGCGCUGCAGUUCCUCAAGGAGAAGCACGUGCACCUGGAGAACAUGGGCUCCCACGACAUUGUGGACGGCAACCACCGACUGGUGCUGGGCCUCAUCUGGACCAUCAUCCUCCGCUUCCAGAUCGAAGACAUCAUCGUGCAGACUCCGGAAGGCCGCGAGACACGCUCUGCCAAGGAAGCGCUGCUGCUCUGGUGUCAGAUGAAGACCGCGGGCUAUCCCCACGUUAAUGUGACCAACUUCACCUCCAGCUGGAAGGACGGCCUGGCCUUCAAUGCCCUGAUCCACAAGCACAGGUCCGACUUGAUCGACUUUAAGAACCUGGAGCAUUCGAACGCCCGGCACAACUUGGAGCAUGCCUUCAGCGUGGCAGAGCGGCAGCUGGGCAUCACCCAGCUCCUCGACCCGGAAGAUGUCUUCACGGAGAACCCCGAUGAGAAAUCCAUCAUCACCUAUGUGGUGGCCUUUUACCACUACUUCUCCAAGAUGAAGGUUCUGGCGGUGGAAGGGAAACGGGUUGGCAAGGUGAUGGAUCACUUGAUGGAGACGGAGAGGAUGAUUGAGAGGUACGGAGGGCUGGCCUCUGACUUGCUAACCUGGAUCGAGCAAACCAUCACCGUUCUCAACAGCCGCAAGUUUGCCAACUCCCUGAUGGGGGUACAGCAGCAGCUGCAGUGUUUCAGCACCUACCGCACCGUGGAAAAGCCCCCCAAGUUCCAGGAGAAGGGGAAUCUCGAGGUUCUGCUCUUCACCAUCCAGUCCCGGAUGCGAGCUAACAAUCAGAAAGCAUACACCCCUCAUGAAGGGAGACUCGUGUCCGACAUCAACCGGGCCUGGGAAUGGCUGGAGAAGGCGGAGCACGAGCGGGAGCUGGCCCUGAGGAACGAGCUUAUUCGGCAGGAGAAGCUGGAGCAGCUGGCCAGGCGCUUCGACCGCAAGGCGGCCAUGCGGGAGACGUGGCUGAGCGAAAACCAGCGCCUGCUGGCCCAGGAUAAUUUCGGCUGCGACCUGCCGGCGGUGGAGGCUGCCAAGAAGAAGCAUGAGGCCAUCGAGACGGACACGGCAGCCUACAAGGAGCGGGUGCAGGCCAUCGAGGAGGUGGCCCGGGAGCUGGAGACGGAGAACUACCACGACAUCAAGCGCGUCAAGGCCCGGAAGGACAACAUCCUGCGGCUGUGGGACUACCUGCUGGAGCUGCUCCGCGCCCGGCGCCAGCGGCUCGAGAUGAACCUGACGCUGCAGCAGCUCUUCCAGGACAUGCUGCACGGCAUCAAAUGGAUGGACGAGAUGAAGGCGCGGCUCUUGUCGCCCGAGUUCGGCAAGCACCUGCUGGAAGCGGAGGACCUGCUGCAGAAGCACAAGCUGCUGGAAGCUGACAUGGCCCUCCAGGCGGAGAAGGUGCACGCCGUGAGCGCGGCGGCCCUUGCGUUUGCCAACGGCGACGGCUAUCGGCCGUGCGACCCCCAGGUGAUCCGGAGCCGCGUCAGCCACCUGCAGCUGUGCCACCAGGAGCUGCUGGCGAUGGCUGCCGAGAGGAAGGCUCGCCUGGAGCAGUCCAAGCGCCUGUGGAAGUUCUUCUGGGAGCUGGACGAGGCGGAGAGCUGGAUCAAAGAGAAGGAGCAAAUCUAUUCCUCCUUGGAUUACGGGAAAGACCUGACCAGCCUCCUCAUCCUGCAGCGGAAGCACAAGGCCUUUGAGGACGAGCUGCAGGGCCUAGGCGCCCGCCUGCGUCAAACCAUCCAGGAUGGGGGAGACAUGGUGGCCCAGAAGCACUUCGGCUCCUCCAGGAUCCAAGGCAGGACGGAGGAGGUGAAGGCGCUGUGGGCUCAGCUCCAGGAGCUGGCCUCAUUCCGCAAGAAGAACCUGCAGGAUGCCGAGAGCUUCUUCCAGUUCCAGGUGGACGCGGAUGACCUGAAGGCCUGGCUGCAGGAUGCCCAUCGCCUGGUGUCCAGCGACGAGGUGGGCCACGAUGAGUCCUCCACGCAGGCCCUGGUCAGAAAGCACCGAGACCUCCUGGAUGAGGUGGCGGACAACAAGAGAGUGAUGGACAGCCUGAGCCAGCAGGCCCAGAGCUUCCCGGCCGAGCUGCGGGGCGCCCCGGAGUUCCAAAACCGGCUGCAGGCCAUCCAGGCCCUCUACGCCGAGGUGGUGUCCCUGGCUGAGCUGCGCAGGCAGAAGCUGCAGGAUGCCCUGGACCUCUACACGAUCUUCAGCGAGACGGACGCCUGCGAGCUCUGGAUGAGUGAGAAGGAGAAGUGGCUGGAGCAGAUGGAGAUCCCAGACACGCUAGAGGACUUGGACGUAGUGCAGCACAGGUUUGACAUCCUGGAUCGGGAGAUGAGCACCCCAGCCUCCCAGAUUGACGGCAUCAACCGCGCAGCCACCAGCCUCGUCGAGAGUGGGCACCCGCGCAGCGGCCGCAUCAGGCAGUGCCAGGAGCGUCUGAACACCAGGUGGCAUGUCUUCCAGGAGAAGGUGGGGCAGCGGCGGAAAGCGGUGGACCUGGCGCUGAGCCUGCACAAUUACUGCAUGGACUGCGAGGAGACCCGCAAAUGGAUCUUGGACAAAACCAAAGUGAUCAAAUCCACCCAGGACAUGAGCAGAGACCUAGCGGGCAUGAUCGCCAUCCAGAGGAAGCUGUACGGCAUUGAACGUGACUUGGCCGCCAUCCAGACCCGGCUGGGGGUGCUGCAGGAGGAGGCCCAGCGGCUGGCCAAGGAGCUCCCUGACCUGGCCUCCGACAUCUACAGCCGGCUGACCGCCAUCAGUGGCCUCUGGCAGGAGCUGCAGAGGACGCUGCAGAGUCAGGAGGCCUCGCUCGGGGAGGCCAGCAAGCUGCAGAAGUUCCUGCAAGACCUGGAUGACUUCCAGGCCUGGCUGUUUAAGGCGCAGCAGGCCGUGGCUUCGGAAGAGGUGCCCAGCUCCCUGGCCGAGGCGGAGCAGUGCCGGCAGGAGCAUGCCGCCAUCAAGGAGGACAUCGACCGGCACGAGGGUGACUACCAUAGCAUCAAGGAGACGGGGGAAAGGGUGACACACGGGCAAAUGGACCCAGAGUAUCUGCAGCUGCAGCAACGGCUGCAGGGCAUGGAGAUGGGCUGGAGCGCCCUGUGCAAGAUGUGGGACAGCCGGGGGAAGUUCCUUGCCCAGUGCCUGGGCUUCCAGGAGUUCCUCAAGGAUGCCAAGCAAGCCGAAGCCAUCCUGAGCAAUCAGGAGUACACCCUGGCUCACAUGGAGCCCCCGAACACCUUGGAAGCAUCGGAAGCUACCCUGCGGAAAUACGAGGAUUUCCUGGCCACCAUGGAGGCCAACAAGGAGAAAAUAACGGAGCCGGUGGAACGUGGCGAGAAGCUGGUGGUGGACAGGAAUAUUUACGCCGACAAAAUUAAUGAAAAGGCCCAGCUCAUACAAGAGAGGGCCAGGACGAAUGUGGCUAAAUCAAAGGAAGUGCUGGUUCUGCUGAAGGACAAUCACGACCUGCAGAGCUUCUUGCAAAACUGCCAGGAGCUCACCCUCUGGAUUGACGAGAAGAUACUGACGGCUCAGGACGUGUCUUAUGACGAAGCCCGGAACCUGCACAGCAAGUGGCUGAAGCACCAGGCCUUCAUGGCCGAGCUGGCCUCUCACCAAGGCUGGCUGGAGAAGCUGGAUGAGGAGGGGCGGCAGCUGAGCCGGGAGAAGCCCCAGUUCGGUGCGGUGGUCUCGCAGCGGCUGACAGAGCUGCACCACCUCUGGGACAAGCUCCAGUCGAUGACAGAGGAGAAGGCUCAGCACCUCUUCGAUGCAAACCGCUCAGAUCUGUACGCGCAGAGCUUUUCCGACCUGGACAAGUGGAUAGGCGAGAUGGAGAUGCAGCUGCAGUCGGACGAGCAGGGCACCGACCUGACAAGCACCAACAGGCUGCUGAAGAAGCUGAUGAGACUCGAUGAGCAAGUGAGCACACGGAAGAGAGAGAUGGAAGAGCUGCUGUCACAGGCCCCUCCACCCACAGGGGACGUGCACGAGGCCGACAGCAAGCAGCAGAGCAUCGAGAGAAGGUUCCUCGAUCUCCUGGAGCCCUUGGGGAAGAGGAGGAAGGAGCUGGAGUCGUCCAGAGCCAAGUACCAGCUCAACCGGGAUCUGGCAGAUGAAACACUCUGGGUGCAGGAGAGGCUGCCCCUAGCCAAAUCCACUGACCACGGCACCAACCUCCAGACUGUGCAGCUUCUGAUGAAGAAGAAUCAGACACUGCAGAAGGAGAUCGCCGGCCAUGCCCCGCGGGUGGAGGACGUCCUGUGCAGGGCCGAGCACAUGGUGGCGGCAGCCGACGGGGACUGCAGUGCCGUGGAGGAGCAGCGGUGGCUGCUGAAGGAGUCGUGGAGCGCUUUGCAGGAGGAGACGGGGAGGAGGUGGCAGCGGCUGCAGCAAGCGAACGAGGCCCAGCAGUACUACCUGGACGCCGGCGAGGCGGAGGCCUGGAUCAGCGAGCAAGAGCUCUAUGUGGUGGCUGAUGAGAAGCCACAGGAUGAAGAGAGCAGCAUCGUUAUGCUGAAGAGACAUCUCCGCCAGCAGCGCACCAUGGACGACUAUGGCAAAAACAUCAAGCAGCUGGCUGGGAGGGCGCAGACGCUGCUCUCUGUGGGCCAUCCAGAGGGGGAGCAGAUCAUCCGGCUGCAGGGGCGGGUGGAUAAGCAGUAUGCGGGGCUGAAGGACCUGGCAGAGGAGCGCCGGCACAGGCUGGAGAACAUGUACCACCUGUUCCAGCUGAAGCGGGAGGUGGAUGACCUGGAGCAGUGGAUCGCGGAGCGCGACAUGGCCGCCUCCUCCCAGGAGUUGGGGCAGGAUUACGACCACGUCACUCUGCUGCGGGAGAAGUUCCGGGACUUUGCGCGGGAGACAGGCAGCGUGGGGCAGGAGCGCGUGGACAACGUGAACCUGGUCAUCGAGCAGCUGAUCGACGCCGGCCACUCAGAGGCCGCCACCAUAGCUGAGUGGAAGGACGGGCUGAACGAGAGCUGGGCAGACCUGCUGGAGCUCAUCGACACGCGCAUGCAGCUGCUGGCCACCUCCUACGAGCUGCACAAGUACUUCUACGAUGGCACCGAGAUCCUGGGACUCAUCCAGGAGAAGCAGCGGGAGCUGCCUGCAGAGCUGGGUCAGGACGCCCACACUGCCGAGUCCUUCCACCGCAUGCACACAGCCUUCGAGCGCGACAUCCACCUGCUGGAGGGGCAGGUCCAGCAGUUCCGGGAGGUAGCAGCGCGGCUGCAGACAGCCUAUGCGGGGGAAAAAGCUGAUGCAAUCCAGAGGCAGGAGCAGGAGGUGGUGAGGGCCUGGAAGUCCCUGCUGGACGCCUGCAGCGGGCGGCGGGCACAGCUGGUGGACACAGCCGAGAAAUUCCGCUUCUUCAGUAUGGUCAGGGACCUCCUGUCUUGGAUGGAGAGCAUCACCCGGCAGAUCGAAACUCAGGAGAAGCCCAGAGAUGUCUCGUCCGUGGAGCUGCUGCUGAAAUACCACCAGGGGAUCAAGUCCGAGAUUGAAACCAGGCAGAAGAGCUUCGCCGACUGCGUCGACCUGGGGAAGAGGCUCCUGCAGCGCAGACACCAAGCCGGCGCCGAGAUCAAGGAGAAGCUGCUGCAGCUGACGGAGAAGAGGCGUGAGAUGAUGGAGACGUGGGACAGGCGCUGGGACUGGCUCCGCCUAUUGCUGGAAGUGUGCCAGUUCUCUAGGGACGCCUCGGUGGCCGAGGCCUGGCUGAUCGCCAAGGAGCCGUACCUGGCCAGCGGCGACUAUGGACAGACCGUGGACAGCGUCGAGAAGCUGCUGAAAAGGCACAACGCCUUUGAGAAAUCCACCGCCACGUGGGAGGAGCGCUUCGCCGCGCUGCAGAGGCUGACCACGCUGGAGUUGCUAGGGAAGCGGAAGCUCCAAGCGGAGUCCACGCAGCGCACGGCAACCUGGACCAUCGACCCCCAGUACGACUUUGACCCAGCGGCUUUGAAAGCACUGGAGUCUCAGGAAGAAAAAGAGAAGAAAACAGGGGUAAUUUCACAGGACCUCUCUGAACCUGCUACAGAAGACUCAUCACUGCAGGUGGACGAGGAGAAAGCAGACCCAGCCCAGGCCCCAGCGGAGCCAACUGCGGCCAAGCAGCCCGAGAUGACGACAAAAGCGGACAACGAGGACCCGCUGUUCAAAGUCCUCCAGACCCCUGUGAGUGAGCUCGACGAGACCACCACACUGCCCGCGCAGCUGGACCGCUCGCACAGCCUCCACAUGGAGGGCUACCUGGGCCGCAAACACGACCUGGAGGCUCCUAACAAGAAGGCGUCAAACAGGUCCUGGAACACGCUGUACUGCGUGCUCCAGAGCAGCGAGCUGGCCUUCUACAAGGAUGCCAAGAGCUUAGCCUUGGGAGUGCCUUACCACGGGGAGGAGCCCUUCCGGCUGAGGAAUGCCCUCUGCCACGUAGCCACUGGCUACAAGAAGAAGAAGCAUGUCUUCAAGCUGAGGCUCGGCAAUGGCAGUGAGUGGCUCUUCCAUGGCAAAGACGAGGAGGAGAUGCACACAUGGCUGCAGGGGCUCAGCACAGCAAUAAUAGAAGCCCAAAGCGUGAAAGCCAAGGCGCUGAGCCUGCCUCUGCCCUCCAGCACCGCCCCGGACGUCAUCCUGGCCAAGAAAGACAAAGAGAAAAGAUUUAGCUUCUUUCCCAAAAAGAAAUAACCCGAGAGGUGGCUGAGGGCAGCCCACUCAGCUGCCUAAGAACUGCGCAUGGGGGAGCGUCUGCGGGCGUGCUGGGCCCCGCCACCACCCCCACCCCCAUGCACCUCCGGCAGCAGCCGCGGGUGCUCACACCACAGCCCCGCCUCCAGCGCCGGGGCACAGCCCCAUGCCCCGCUCUGCUCCCACGCAGCACCGAGCCAGCCCCGUGAGGGCCGAGGCGUGGCGUCUGCUGAAGGCCAGUGCUGGGCGUGCCGGCGCGGGGCCCUGUCCUGUGGGACACGCGUUGCAUCGCCCACGGCCGGGGCGAGCCACACGGGUGUCUGGCGGAGGAGGCACCAUCUGAGCGAGACCACGCAGUGCUGGGGACACGCUGCCCAGGCCAGGAUGGAGGCAGCAAGCUUCCCGACCUGCCUCUCUGACAAGGUGCCAUGACGGCCCAAGACAUAGGCGCAUCUCUGGGCGCCGCGGCUGUGGCAGGGCUGCCUGCAGCCACUAGGGGGUGACAGUCACACGCUCCUGGGCAGGUCUGCCGGUCCUUCCAGCAGGGGGCGUGAGGUGGGCUGGCGCGCGUGAGCUGUCUCUCGGACGCCCCCCCGACACCUUCCCAAGCCACAACCCACAGAGAGCCCAUUGUCAGGCAAGCCAUGCGCAGCCGAGAACAAACGUUUGCCCUAAAUUAGGGAGGAAGAGAAUCGUUAUGAUUCUGCAUCUGAGUGUGUGCGCGCGUGCAUGUGAGUGUGUGUCUGCACAUCUGAGUCUGUUUAUAUGUGUACACUUCUGCAUUUCAUGUGACCGCGUGUGUGCAUGCAUGUGUGAGUUCACAAUUCCCACGUGUAGACUCUGUUGUACUGGCUCAGGCUUUGCCUGGGCUCGGGCCGUUCUUGGCCUGGGUCCUGUUUCUGUCCCUGACCUUGUGGUUCCUGUGCUCUCCCCUGUGGGCUGGGCCGGGCCCCCGAAAAGCCAACGUCUCCAAAGCCCCCAGCCCUCCCCUCGGUGUCCUUGCUGCUGCCCGGGGGCUGGGGAGCACCCUGCAGUGUGUGGCAGCGGGGGGCCCUGCGUUCCAGCCAGCCAAGCGGUGCCACGGGGCUGAAUGCCCACUGGCACAUCCCUGGAGGCGAGGAGGCUGGGCGAGAGAGUAGGUGCUUUCUCCCCUGGGUCCCAGAGACACAGGGCUGUGACGCCUGCCUCCCAUGCAGUGCCAGGAUGCGGCCAACUCCUGCCCUGUUGCCGCCUGCUGAAUGCUCUGUCGGCCUCAUGCCCAGCAAGGUCGGCCCAGGGGAGGCUCUCUGCUUCCUAAACCCAGGCUGGCGGCGCUGCUGGCGGAAGGCAGGGAAACACACCACCACGUGCACUGCCAGGACCGGCUCUGGGGGACGUGCAGUGCGUGCAGCAGCACCGCUCCCUUGGCGGGGGUCCCGUCCUGAAAGUGCCUUACCUGCAAUAAUGGAAAACAAACCCCAUGUGCUGAGGCACCGUGCCCCGAAAACUCCAGGCCGGUGCCCCCGCGUGCCCCCAAGGAGGCGCUCCCAGCCCCCAACCCCUGAUCCCUGCCCCCAGCAGGGGCCGGCUGAGCUAGGGGGUCUGUGGCGUGGGCCAAGAAGGCUCCCCCCAGAGCAGAGCUUGGCGUGGGGGUCAGUGGCUGGCAACUCAGCCCAGCCAGUGUGAGCAGCCUUCCCAGUCACGACAAGCACAGAGCCCCCGCAUUGGGGGGGAGGGCAGUGUCUAAUCCCCCCCGGGCCCUCCGCACAGAUGGCACGAGGCGCUGUGGGAGUCCAGCAGGCUGACCCAGGGCUCUCGUGCUGUCAGCGCUGGGCAGGGCAGCGCUGCAGGAGGCGACAUCGCACCAGAGCAGCUGGGAAAUGGCCCUGGCAGGAGGCUGUGCCCAAGGCAAGGUUCACGCCCUGUAGCGGGCCGUAGCACCUCCAGCCUCCCACACCGGCCCUGUUGUACACAGCUCUCGAGGAGGGCACACCCUGCAGCCAGCCACACCGGGGCCUGGCCUCAUGCCUCCACCACAGCCCGCUGGGCAAGCUGCCCCCCAGGCCUGCCGGAGCCCAGCUCCACCCCACUAGCGCUGGACGGUUCCCAUCAGCUCCUCCGGACCCCCUAGCCUGGCUCAGCAAAACACUGGGACAUGGCGCUGGAGCAGGGGGCGCUGGCUGGCUGGCGGCACAUAUGGUAUGUCCUGGGUGCAGAACAGGAAAGGAUCCCCCACUUCACGCCAACGUCAGCCCCGUGUUUAUCAGCCCUGGCACCCACCGAAUGAGGCUGCGCCUGGUCCCCUGGGGUUUGAUCCUGCCCUGCAGCGGGGCUGGAGGCUGUGCUGAGAUCUGUACGGCAGUGCUGGCAGCUCUGGUACUGAGCUGGGGCCCCCUGCAGCUUGAGGCUGCAAAAGCCUGUCUUUUCGUCUUUGGGGCUGUCCCUCUCGGCUGCCCCGUUUCUAAGCCAAGAAACACCCGAGUUCAAGUCGCUGGCAGAGGCAGCAGGGGCAGGGAAUGGGGUAUUUUCAGUGGCACCCACAAGAACCAAAGAGCCUUGGCGAGCCACCCUGCAGGAUGUGGAGUUAGACCAACUGCAGGUGUGUAUCUCGGGGAGGUGUAGCUAUAUUUACACACACUGGGACUGAAAACCCAGAGUGGGGCCUAACCCCCGCGUUGGAAAUCGCCUUGGGCACAGGCAGGCACUGCGGUCAGUCAGUGCCGUGGGGUGUGCUGUGUUUCACAUGCAUUUUCUCCUGGCCCGUGUUUCCAUGCAGCUUGCUGUCCUUGGCUGAGUGGUUUCCUCCACCACUCCCUCCUUUGGAAGGGCUCCGUGCAGCAGGUCUUGGCUCCAGCCCUUUCCGUGUGUUGCUGGGUUCAAACACCUUUUGUUUCUCAUCAGAGCCCCCACCCCCACACACACACCCGAUUCCCCCUGGGAGCACUGGAUUUGCCCAGAAAUCAUCUGUUUUACCUAGCGUGGGGCCAUUUGACACCUGGACCAUUACUGCCCUCUCCUCCUUCCGGCUGAAUUCAUCUUGGUGGGAUCUCCGCUCCACAGGGCUGCUCUCCCAGCAUGCACAGCGCUCCCGCGCAGAUGUGGGGCGUGGGCUCAGGGCAGACAUGCAUGCGGGGGGGGCUGGAGCCCCAGUGAGUGCAGGAGACGGGCGCACAGCCAGAGCAGCUCGCCGAGGGGCAGGGGGUCGCAUUGCUCGAGUUGGUUCUUGAUUCCCGCUGGCUGGCACCGCGUUCGACCUGCUGUCACGUACUUCCACUGUGCAUAGCAAGAGCUAAACCUCCAGACAGUGCUGCAGAAGCAUUUUAAUAAUGGUUUUUCUAAGAAAUAAAUAAGCCAAACCCC